AUGCCUCUGGAUUACUCAAAAUGGAAAGACAUAGAAGUAUCUGAUGACGAAGAUGAUACACAUCCAAAUAUCGAUACACCGUCGUUGUUCAGAUGGAGACAUCAGGCACGAAUGGAGCGUAUGGCUGAGAGGCAGCAAGCCAAAGCUGAUAUCGCCAAGGGUAAAUCCAGUGUUGAGAAGCGCAUGGAGGAGAUAGAGGAUAAACUGAAGACGACUACUUUGGACGAAAAGGAACGAAUGAAGUUGGAGUUGGAGAGAAAUGAGAUGAAGAAACAAGAAGAAGAAUAUCUGAAGAAAGAAAAGGAACUGGAAGAGAAGGAAAGAUUAGAACCUUGGAAUGUGGAUACAAUUGGACAUGAAGCUUUCAGCUGUUCGGCUGAAUAUUUCGAUAAGAACGGUGAUUUGUUGAAACAGUUUGGUAGCCUCAAAGAUUUGAACGCAUCGGAGAGUUUCCUCCUUGAGCAUCCGCAUAUUGCAUCUGAAUUUGCAGCGAAUUUCUUGACAAUUGAAGCGCUGAAUUUGGCAAUCGAAGAAAAGGAUGAUGAGAUGAGUGAUUAUGCAAAACAAUGUAUCAUUCUGCAGUAUCUACUGGAAUUAUCCAAAAGUCUUCAUGCAUUGGCUACGAACGUCAACGUUAUCAAAAACUUCUUCACAAAAUUUCGUCGUGCAGAUGCAGUCUAUAUGAAAUCGUUUUAUAACGAAGUGGAUGCAUUCAAGGAUCGACUUCGCAAGAGGGGUAAAGAUAAACGUGAAGCAGCAAUCCAGGAGUAUGAAGCAGAAGAGAAGGCGAAGCGUAUCGCUGCAUCGCCCGGUGGUCUUGACCCCCAGGAAGUUUAUAAUUCAUUGCCACCGGAUAUGAAAGAGGCGUUUGACAGUCAAGAAGUAGAAAAAUUGCAAGCAAUCGCACAUAACAUGGAUCGAGAGGUGUUUUCUUACCACUUGAAACGAUGCAUUGAUAGUGGGCUGUGGAUACCAAAUGCAGCUGACGCAGAGAAUAACGAGGAUGAGGAUGUUAGUAAUUUUGUAUUUAUCAUUAUGCACUUGAAAGUUUAUAUGUAUUUAUUGAAACGAUUUCAGGUAACAGAAAGCAAAUAA